UGGCUCUGUGGUGACGACGGUCGCUUGUUUUCACACAAGGAAGUGGAGGACGUGUAGCGCCGCUGAGAGCAGGAACUAACACGAACCGUCGAGUUUUCCGUUCGAGGCCUACUUCUUCUGGAAUGGAGAUUUAUGGAUGCAUAACCACCAUGUCAGCAUGUAACGCAUCAAUCUCUUCAGCAUGAGCUCCCAUAAGCCAAUUGUCAAAACUUCAGUCCAAAUAUGGCCCCUGUUCCUCCUGGGAUCCGCCUGUUGGCGUCCUUUGAUAGGAACCAGUGGUACAGAGCCCUCACCUUUAUCCUCACCUUUCUGCUGUAUACCAGCUUCCACCUCUCCAGGAAACCCAUUAGCAUCAUCAAGAGUGAACUCCAUAAGAACUGCUCAUCUGUCAGUGAGAUGUCCACAGCCGCCUCCAGCAGCAGCCAGCAGGCCUCUCUGCCAUCUCUACACAACGACAUGGACUGUAGCUGGAAGCCUUUUGAUAAAAGCAACUACAAACAGCUGAUGGGAGCCAUGGACUACUCUUUCCUUUGUGCCUAUGCUGUUGGAAUGUUCCUCAGUGGCAUCAUCGGAGAGCGUUUGCCCAUUCGACUUUACCUGACUGUGGGAAUGCUGGCCAGUGGCCUGUUCACCUGCCUGUUUGGACUGGGUUAUGUAUACAACAUCCACAGCCUGGGCUUCUAUGUUUCUAUCCAGGUGGCUAACGGAUUGGUCCAAACCACUGGCUGGCCUAGUGUGGUGACCUGCAUUGGCAACUGGUUUGGAAAGGGAAGGCGUGGACUUAUCAUGGGCUUGUGGAUCUCCCACACCUCAGUGGGCAACAUCCUGGGCUCUCUGAUUGCUGGCUAUUGGGUCUCCUCCAACUGGGGCCUGUCGUUUAUUGUACCAGGGAUAAUUAUUGCAACCAUGGGAGUUGUCUGCUUCUUCUUUCUCAUUGAGCACCCAAAUGACCUAAAAAGCAUGUAUGCUCAAAAUUCUCCCCCUGGCAAGAGUCAGCUUGGAGUAAAUGGACACAGCGAGGUGUAUCUGCAACACAAGAACAAUAAAUCCCAGAGCUACGACAUAGAGCACCUGUUGCCCAGGGACAGAGUGUGUGUCCCUGUGCAACCAGUCGUAGUGGUUAAGAGUGAAUCAGAACCAUCUGCCAUCAGCUUCACGGGAGCCCUACAAAUACCGGGGGUGAUCGAUUUCUCUCUGUGUCUGCUUUUUGCCAAACUGGUCAGUUACACCUUUCUCUUCUGGCUGCCGCUCUACAUCACAAAAGCAGCUCACCUGGAUGCCAAGGAGGCUGGAGAUCUCUCCACCUUGUUUGAUGUGGGAGGAAUUGUGGGGGGAAUCUUGGCGGGAGUCAUCUCUGAUAAACUGGAGAAGAGAGCCACCACCUGUGCAGUAAUGUUGUUGCUGGCAGCUCCCACUCUGUAUGGCUUCUCCAUGAUAAGUGAGUUUGGUCUGGGGCCAACCAUCGGCAUGCUCCUAGUGUGUGGAGGUCUAGUCAAUGGACCAUACGCCCUCAUCACAACUGCAGUAUCUGCUGAUUUGGGGACCCAUAAGAGCCUGAAAGGCAACGCCAGAGCACUGUCGACUGUCACUGCCAUCAUUGAUGGCACAGGAUCUGUAGGUGCAGCACUUGGCCCCCUGCUGGCUGGCCUAUUGUCUUCAGGGGGGUGGGAUCAGGUCUUCUACAUGCUGAUGACAGCUGACUUCCUUGCUCUGUUGUUUUUGCUACGGCUUGUGAAAAAGGAGCUUGACUCAACUAAAUCCCGUCCCAUUUCCAUUGUACAACUGGAGCGGCGGCACGGAGCCCGGAGCAGAAACCUCAGUCAGAGGCUGACGCCUUGCAGAGGGUGGACUAUGGGCUCUGCUUCCUCCUCUUAUCGGGUCAUCCACCUGGACGUGGAUGGCAGGAUCCAGAAGGUGGUCUUCAGUAGAUUCUGCAGCCCGUAUGACAUUAAGGAUCUGUUCUGUACAGUAGUGGGUGUGCCAAGAAACACUAAUCUUUCCUUGCUGGAUGCCUCUGGAGCCAUGGUGUCCAUCGACCCCACCAUGCCACACAACACAGAGAGGUCACCGUACCGAGUUUUGCCUAUGACUGGAGGACAGUUUGCCGAUAAAGAGGAACUCUUUCAGAAUGUACUGACGCAAGUAGCUGAACAGUUUUCAAGGGCGUUCAAGAUCAAUGAGCUGAAAACUGAGGUCACCAACCGUCUUGCCAUGUUGGAGAAGAGAGUAGAAUUGGAGGGCAUGAAGGUGGUGGAGAUUGAGAAAUGUCGCAACGACAUCAAGAAACUCCGUAAAGAGAUGGCAUCAAGACACAACAGUAACUUCUUGGAAGACAAUAAGAAGCUGACUCCUCGUAGAGAUGUGCCCUCCUAUCCCAAGUACAUGCUGUCACAACAGACCAUAGACGCCCUCAAAAAACCCUACUUUGACGUCUGGCUGUGGGAAGCCAAUGAGAUGCUGAGCUGCCUUGAACAUAUGUACCAUGACCUUGGCUUUGUUAAAGACUUCACUAUUAACCCCAUCACACUCAAGAGAUGGCUGUUAUGCAUUCAUGACAACUAUAGGAAUAACGCCUUCCACAAUUUCCGCCACUGUUUCUGUGUCACCCAGAUGAUGUACAGCAUGAUCUGCCUCUGCAGCUUACAGGAGAAGUUCACACAGGUGGAUAUUUUGAUUCUCAUGACAGCUGCUGUGUGUCAUGACCUCGAUCACCCCGGAUUCAACAACACGUACCAGGUCAAUGCCAGAACAGAAUUAGCAGUUCGCUACAAUGACAUCUCCCCUCUGGAAAAUCACCACUGUGCUGUAGCUUUCCAGAUCUUCGCUCAGUCUGAUUGCAACAUCUUUUCCAACUUCGACUCAGAGGCAUUCAAACAGAUACGACAGGGAACAAUCACACUGAUCCUGGCCACAGACAUGGCGCGUCAUGGUGAGAUCCUUGAUUCCUUCAAGCAGAAAGUCGACAACUUUGACUACUCAGAUGAGGAGCACGUCACCUGUCUGAAGAUGGUGCUUAUCAAAUGCUGCGACAUCUCCAAUGAAGUGCGACCCAUGGAGGUGGCUGAGCCAUGGGUUGACUGCCUGUUGGAGGAGUACUUCAUGCAGAGUGACAGGGAGAAGGCUGAAGGGCUUCCUGUUGCUCCAUUCAUGGACAGAGAAAAGGUUACCAAACCAACAGCUCAGAUUGGAUUCAUCAAGUUUGUCCUCCUUCCCAUGUUUGAGACUGUUAUGAAGCUGUUCCCACAGAUCGAGGAGGCAAUGGUGCAGCCACUCAGAGAGUCUAGGGACAGAUAUGAAGAACUCAAACAGAUUGAUGAUGCCAUGAAUGAGGUGCAGAAAAAAAAAAGUGAGAACUUGACCAUGGGAGGGAAGAAGAAGUAAACAUUUUUGAAAGGGUAGGAAAGAACUCUGGCCGUACUUCCUCCAUCCAUCUAUUCAUCAAUCGAACUAUGCAUACAUCUAUCUUGGGCCAUAGAUGGAUGCAUAGUUGGAUUCACCUACCCACCCUACUAUCUCCCUACAUCCCACCUGUCCAUCAAUCCACUUCCUCAUGAUGUCACAGUUUUGUCAGUGUUGGAAUCAGAGAGGCUAACUUAAAGGAACACGUUAUGGAGAGAUUUCUUGAUGAAUCCACUCUGUGUUUCAGAACCAGUGAGACUAGAGCAUGGGAAUGAAGCAAUGUGACAUAAAGUGGAGUCAUCAGACACACUCGUUCAUUAUGGCCCAUCACUCUGUCCUGUCUUCACUUGAGCCAGCUGAAGAGCAGUGGACCACCAGGAUGUAAUCUGGGAAAAUUGGGUACAUUUCAGUGAGACACAGUAAAACUGAAUUGAGUGGAUCUGUGAGAGCAGCUCUUAGACAGCGUUACAAGCUAGUGAUGAACUUAAGUGCAAGAUGGACAAUCCAAAGCCUUUUUUUAGGGAGUCAACAUUUGUACAGCACAGACUAUUUCAGUGAAAAAUAUUUAGAUAUGUAUCUUGCAUUGUUUUCUUUAUUUGAAAUUACUUGUUUUGUAAAGAUUGUACAGAUAUUCAAAGCUAUUUGUUCUUUGCUACAAAAAAUA